GUCGCUUCAUGAUGGCGCUAGUGGGUUCUCUCCGCAAAGAACUGGCAGAAGCCGUGGCUUCAGGCAGGGUGCUGGUGGUGGGAGCAGGGGGUAUCGGUUGCGAGCUGCUGAAAAACCUCGUUCUGAGCGGUUUCGUCCAUAUUGAUGUGAUUGACCUUGACACCAUUGAUGUAAGUAACCUCAACAGACAGUUUUUGUUUCAGAAGAAACAUGUUGGAAAAUCAAAAGCCCAGAUUGCCAAGGAAAGUGUGUUAAAGUUCUGCCCCAAAGCCAGCAUCACAGCGUACCACGACAGUAUAAUGAACCCAGAUUACAAUGUGGAAUUUUUCAGAAACUUUACUCUUGUCAUGAAUGCUUUGGAUAACAGAGCGGCUCGAAACCAUGUGAACCGAAUGUGCCUAGCUGCUGAUAUCCCUUUAAUAGAGAGUGGGACAGCAGGUUACCUGGGACAAGUCACUGUCAUCAAAAAGGGAGUAACUGAAUGCUAUGAGUGUCAACCAAAACCAACUCAGAAAACCUUUCCAGGCUGUACUAUUCGAAACACGCCUUCUGAACCAAUCCACUGCAUUGUAUGGGCAAAGUAUCUAUUUAACCAACUUUUUGGAGAAGAAGAUGCAGAUCAAGAAGUGUCCCCUGACACUGCAGACCCUGAAGCAGCUUGGGAGCCAGAAGAAGCAGCAGCAAGAGCUGGUGCUUCAAAUAAAGAUGGUGACAUUAAACGAGUCUCAACAAAAGACUGGGCAAAAUCCACUGGAUAUGAUACAGUAAAGCUUUUUAAUAAGCUUUUUAAAGAUGACAUAAAAUACUUGCUCACUAUGGACAAAUUGUGGAGGAAAAGAAAAGCUCCAGUUCCUCUCGAUUGGAAUGAAGUCUACACCAUUGAGAGCUGUGACUCAAAGGCAGAGUUUACUGUUGUGGGUCUGAAAGAUCAACAAAUACUGGACUUGAAAAGCUGUGCAGUGCUGUUUGCAAAAAGUGUGGAGACUUUACGUGCUCGAUUAGCAGAAAAAGGAGAAAAGGCAGAACUUGUAUGGGACAAGGAUGACCCCCCAUCAAUGGACUUUGUGACUGCAGCAGCCAAUCUUCGUAUGCACAUUUUCAGCAUGAAUAUGAAGAGCAAAUUUGAUGUGAAAUCCAUGGCCGGAAACAUAAUACCAGCAAUUGCUACUACAAAUGCAGUGAUUGCAGGAUUAAUUGUGUUGGAGGCUCUGAAGAUUUUGUCGGGGACAGUUGAACAGUGUAAAACGGUGUUUCUGAACAAGCAGCCAAAUCCACGGAAGAAACUGCUUGUACCUUGUGCUUUGGACCCCCCAAAUCCCAAUUGUUAUGUAUGUGCUAGUCGACCUGAGGUGACAGUGAAGAUGAAUGUGAACAAAAUGCUGGUGCAGACGUUGCAAGACAAGAUUUUAAAAGAGAAGUUUGGAAUGGUUGCCCCAGAUGUUCAAAUAGAGGAUGGAAAAGGAACAAUUUUGAUCUCAUCAGAAGAAGGCGAAACUGAAGGAAAUAAUAGGAAGUGCCUGGUUGAAUUUGGAAUCCGAAAUGGAAGCAGACUACAGUCAGAUGAUUUUUUACAAGACUAUACACUUCUAGUAAAUAUUGUUCAUUGUGAAGACCUAGAAAAGGAUAUUGAAUUUGAAGUUGUUGGUGACGCUCCAGAGAAAGCACCACAGAAGCUGACUGAAGACCCUGAGAAAAAUAUUGCAAAUGGUAGUGAUGAUGGGGCACAACCAUCCACAUCAAAAGCUCAAGAACAAGAUGAUGUGCUGAUAGUUGAUUCGGAUGAAGAGCCAAGUUCUGGUGUGUCUGAUGUCAACAUGGAGGACAGGACCCAGAAGAGAAAAUUGGAACAAGAGGAAGAUCAUAUCAGAGCAAAAAGGAUGCGAGUAGAGCAGCCUGCUGAUCAAGAUGAUGACAUUAUAGCUUUGGACUAACUUAACUUUUUUAGCACAGCCUUAAGGAUGAUCAUUUUUUGCAGUGACAGCAUUAUGUAUGGAGUGUGUAAAAAUGUCCCCCUACCCCCCUUUCCUUUUUUAAAGAAUGCUGUGUGCCUGUGAUUCAGCUACAUUCUUCAUAUUUGACAUUUCAUGUGCAUAUAAUUUGUUUAGUCAUGGAUUCUGAGGAUUAUAAGAAUAUGUGGUUUAUUGGCAUUUAAACAAAAUCAGAGCUGAAAAUGAAACAUUUUACAAGAAUGAUUUCCUAAAGUUCUUGAGUUCAUCCAAUAUAUAUAUAUAUAUAUAUAUAUAUAUAUAUAUAUAUAUAUAUAUAUAUUUUUUUUUUUGAAAAAAUCAGUUUGGAAAUCCAGCCAUGAGUAAGGGAAGACAAAUACAAAUGAUAGUGCUAUUCUUUCCGUUUACAGUUAUAUAAUAUAAUGGCUUUUUCAAAUUGUGCCAUAUGUUUGGGAUCCUGCUUAUUGAAAAAUCAAUGUCUGUAGUAUUAUAUGUUUAUCUGUUCAACAUCAUUUGGGACAUUUUUACACCUCCUGCUGUUAAAAGUCAUAUUUGACUAUUCAAAAAUGUAAAUGCUUCACUGUAAUUUGAUGGCCAAGAUGUGACCAGUCAGUAUAAACCUAAAAGGAGCAUGGUGUACAUUUCUGUAAAACACUCAUUGGUUAUGGUAUUGUGAGACACAAAUUUUGUUGUGUACUGUUACAGGUUUCAUUAUUUAUACUGACAUUUUUGUAAUACACAAAUCCAGUUAUGCUGUACCUCUUUGGACCAAAUAAAGGGCAGCCAAAUAUUGGUUCCUCCUACUGUUGUACAAGAGCACAUCUGCAACAAUAGACUUCCUUUGCUAACCUUUGAAGUUCUUCCCUAUGUUUGUUACUUUAGAUUCUUCUUAGUAUAUGUAAUGCCCAAUCCAUCCUUGUAUGUCAGAAGAUUAGAAAUGAAUACAUUGGAUAUUUCCCAACUAUGAUAGUCACCAAUCUCAAUGUUGUGUUUUGUUAACAUUUUGGCCCAAAGAGCACUUGUUUGUGGAUAGUUCUUGUCCAUAUUUAUUACCAGUGUUCUUUUUCAGUCUUUAAUUGAGCACCUGUCUUAAUUAGAGUACAUAUUUAUAUAAAAUCUAGAUUUUUAAAAUUCUUUACAUUGUAAAUCUGUUACCAACAAUGUUAGGAUCCAUGUACACUUCUUGGCCUCUCUAUACAAUGCCUGGUAACCCUAGGCAAGGUAUAAAAUAAACCUCUUUCACACUGCCUUGUCAUUUUA